GUUCCCUCAAAAGCCCAGUGAACAAGACGGCCCUUACCUUAGUUGCUGUGAGCUCUUGCAUCCUGGCUAUGGUCUGCGGCACCCAGAUCUCCUGUCCGCUCACUGUCAAAGUGACCCUUCAUGUCCCUGAGCACUUCAUUGCUGAUGGAAGCAGUUUUGUUGUCAGUGAGGGCAGCUACUUGGACUUCUCUGACUGGCUGAAUCCUGCAAAGCUCUCCCUGUAUUAUCAAAUCAAUGCCACCUCGCCAUGGAUCCGUGAUCUUUGUGGGCAGAGAACGACGGAUGCGUGUGAGCAUCUCUGCGAUGAAGAAACUGGUAAGUGGACCAUUGGCCAAGCUCAGGUCAUCUGA